UAGACGGACGAUACGGUCGUCACUCGGGCUAACAGAACCAAAACCGAGCGCUGCUGCUUUGUCGAUAGGCCUCUGCGUUUAAAGAAGAACCAGAAUCUGCUUGCAAGCUGCAACAGUCUGCCUUGAACAGUGAGAAACCCAAUCUUGAGUUUAAUAAAAGGAAGAAAUGGCUGCGAGAAUAAACUACUCAAUACAAAACGCUCUUUGCCUCUUAAACCCUCUCUAUUCCAUCAGUACAAGACCAAGGACAACUGCCCAUUUCAAGAAUCGUCUCAGUUUCCCUCCAAAUCUCUUCUUUUCUUCUUCUAAAUCAAGAAAGGUUGCGUUUUGCACAAUUAACAAUUGCAGUCACAAUAGUGCCCAAAACGAUGAAGCAGUUGCAACAGAAACAUUCGUCCUCACAUCUCCGCUUUAUUACGUGAAUGCUCCUCCUCAUAUGGGUAGUGCCUAUACCACCAUUGCUGCUGAUGCCAUAUCUCGAUUUCAGAGGCUUUUAGGAAAGAAGGUUAUAUUCGUCACUGGCACAGAUGAGCAUGGAGAGAAGAUUGCAACUGCUGCAGCUGCCCGUGGCUCCAGCCCAAGUGAGCACUGUGAUGUUGUAUCUCAAGCUUACAAGACACUUUGGAAAGAUUUAGAAAUUGCGUAUGACAAAUUCAUUCGGACAACUGAUCCCAAGCACGAAGCAAUUGUUAAGGAAUUUUAUUCUAGGGUUCUUGCCAAUGGGGACAUUUACCGUGCUGACUAUGAGGGACUAUACUGUGUCAACUGUGAGGAGUAUAAGGAUGAGAAGGAGCUACUUGAUAACAACUGCUGCCCCAUGCAUCUAAAGCCAUGUAUUCAGCGGAAAGAGGAUAAUUAUUUUUUUGCCUUGUCAAAGUACCAAAAACUAUUAGAAGAAACUUUGAUGCAUAAUCCAAAUUUUGUGCAGCCUUCAUUCCGUUUGAAGGAGGUGCAAAGCUGGAUCAGAAGUGGCUUGAAAGAUUUUUCAAUUUCCCGUGCAUCAGUGGAUUGGGGCAUUCCUAUUCCUAAUGAUAAUAAGCAGACUAUAUAUGUGUGGUUUGAUGCUUUACUGGGUUACAUCUCAGCUUUAUCAGAGGACAAGGAGCAACCUAAUUUACAGAGUGCUGUUUCUUCUGGCUGGCCUGCUUCGCUGCAUUUGAUUGGCAAGGAUAUUUUACGUUUUCAUGCAGUUUAUUGGCCAGCUAUGCUGAUGUCUGCUGGCCUAGGCCUUCCUAAGAUGGUGUUUGGGCAUGGGUUCUUGACAAAGGAUGGCACGAAGAUGGGGAAGUCAUUAGGGAAUACACUUGAACCAAAUGAGUUGGUUCAAAAAUUUGGGUCUGAUGCAGUCAGGUACUUCUUCCUUAGAGAGGUGGAGUUUGGCAAUGAUGGGGACUACUCAGAAGACCGUUUUGUUAAUAUUGUCAAUGCACACCUUGCCAAUACCAUAGGAAACCUCCUUAACCGUACUCUUGGACUCCUUAAAAGGAAUUGUCAAUCAACUUUGGUUGUUGAUUCAUUUAUUGCUGCUGAAGGAAAUGCAUUGAAAGACACUGUUGAGAAGUUGGUUGAAAAAGCUCGGGUUCAUUAUGAAAAUCUUUCACUAUCAUUGGCUUGUGAGGCUAUUCUGGAGAUUGGUAAUGCUGGAAAUGUCUACAUGGAUGAAUGUGCUCCAUGGUCUCUUUUUAAGCAAGGCGGUGCUGCUUCUGAAGCUGCGGCAAAGGAUCUCGUGAUUAUAUUGGAAGCAAUGAGGAUUAUAGCAAUUGCUUUAUCACCUGUCGCUCCAAGUUUAUGUUGGAGAAUAUAUUCCCAGCUUGGCUACUCAAAGGACCAUUUUAACACUGCGACAUGGAGUGACACGAAGUGGGGUGGCCUGAAGGGCGGUCAGGUCAUGGCUCAGCCAAAACCAGUCUUUGCAAGGAUUGAGAACAGAACAGAAACGGAAGAUGGUGGAGCAGCAAGUAAAAAGUUUGUUAAAAACAAGGAGAAAAAGCCUAAAUCUCAAGUGGUUGCAGAAGCUUAGAAAUCCCAUUUUAAAUGAAAUUUUUAUCCUUAACAUACCACCCUUUUGCAACCCCCUUUACUUUGAAAUAUUAUUAUUAUCAAUGACGUUGAUAGAAGACAGCUCAAUGAACUUCAUCAUUCCUGCAUUUUCUAUUUAAUUCUAAAAAUGGCAAGUUGAAGUUGCAGCUGCAGUGGACCAUGACCAAUAUUGCUUGAUUCGUUAACAAACUCUCCUUCUUUCAAUGAUUAAUCCAUGGACACCUGGUUGGUUCCUCGUGGCUAAGUUCUACAGCAUAUAUGAUCGCCUACUUUAGAUCAUGAGAUCAAUUACUUUGUUGUAUUGUAAACUAUCAGCACAGAAUAUUUGCUCAAAUGUAUAAAUAUGCAAGUAGUAUACAUUUCAAUUCAUACUGGGGACUCCAAGUCUCUGUCUGAAAUCCUCCAUGAGUGGAAGACCAUCAUUUCGUUGAUAAAAAUUGCAGGGUUCUUGAUA